GUUGAAAUAUAUAGCAAGCAAUAGUUGGUGAAGAAAAUAAUCUCAAAAUGUUGAGGGAAAUGAAGACUUUCAAUCUUGGAUGGUUACUUUUUGCUGCAGUUUUGUUGAUUUCAGCUCUACCAUUUUCACAAGCCUCUCGGACUAAACAACAUAAGGUAAAAACUGGUGUUUUCCGAUCACCUCAGUUCGUGCUCGGGCCGGGAUCGGUAGCGAAUAAACUUUUUUCAAAUAUCGAUUUUCCGAGAGGUCAUAUUGCCUUAAAAAGUUUCGAUGCUGAGGUUGUUGAUGAAAGUGGGAAUCCAAUUCCAUUGUAUGAUACUUACUUGCAUCAUUGGCUAGUUCUUAAAUUCUAUGUACGUAAAGGUUUGGAAAAUCAAGACAUUUCAAAGCUCAACAAUUCGGAUUAUAUUUCGGGGAGAAAUAGCGGAAUAUGUCAAGAUGGAGCACUUGAUCAAUUUUUUGGUCUCGGUUCCGAGACACGAAGAACUAAGACUCAUAUCCCUGAUCCUUACGGGAUAGAAACCGGUAACCCUACUAAGAUUCCAUCAGGGUUUGUAGAAAUAUGGGGGUUGAACGUCCAUGCUAUCGAUACAAGGGGAGUGGAAGAUAGGACGGGAUGUACCGAAUGUCGGUGCGAUUUGUAUAAUGUUACCAAGGAGGAAGAUGGAACACCUUUGAGUCCAAAUUAUGAUGGGGGACUAUCAUGUUGCUAUGAUGGCACAAAAUGUAGGUUGAAAGAUGGGUUUAUUGGUAUCGAAAGAAACCUUUACCUCCAAUACACCGUGAAGUGGAUCGAUAUGAAUAGUUUGAUUGUGCCAGUUAAUAUUUAUAUAUUUGAUGUUUCUGAUAUUUGGAAGAAAUCUCGUAAUUCAACUGGGAUUAAUUCAGAGCACAAUUGCCAGGUGGAGUAUCAAGUUGAAUCUUGUCGUGCCACGGGAUCGGCAAACGACAAAUGCAUUGACGCCAAAAGCGUUAGUCUCGAAAUGCCAUUUGGUGGUUAUUUGGUAUAUGGUGUUGCACACCAACAUGCGGGCGGCACUGGUUCUGCUCUCUAUGGGAAGGACGGCCGGAGUUUAUGCUCUUCGAUACCGAUUUACGGGACGGGAGAGGAAGCUGGAAACGAAAGUGGUUAUAUCGUAGGAAUGUCGACCUGCUACCCUAAACCAGGAACUAAGAAAAUAUCAAAAGGGGAGACUCUAAUUUUAGAGUCUAAUUACAGCAGUAUCAAACAGCAUACUGGAGUUAUGGGGCUAUUCUACAUAUUGGUGGCCGAGACAUUGGCUUAGUCAAUGAGCCAUUGCUCAAGUAAUUAUGUUAUUAAAAAUAUAUGAAUUCCAAUAAUUUUCUUUGUGAAAUUAGUGAUAGAUAGGCAUGAAUAAUGUAACUCUUGGUUGUAGUGUAAACCAUAGGUAAGUUGUUUGAGUGUUCCAAAUUUGUGAAUGGUUUAUAUUAUUUAGAGGAUUAUAUACUUA